CGCAUCGCUGUGUUUAGACUUCGGAAACGGCUCGUAGUUAAUCUCACAGGCGGGAUAUUGACGCUGCAUCUACGGUAUUCCAGCCCCGUUUCCCACAUGCUGCCAAACUCCACUCCAGAGAGCUCCGGCUCGCUUAUCAUGUAUUCGCAGUCACACACCAGCUGCUAACGCUACGUCCUCGGCAAACUAACCCAUAUCGACGCGUCUCCCGCCUGAGACAUGGGCGUCAUGAUGGACAGCUCUGUCGACGAUUUGACGGUACCGGUCGUUCACGGCGAGGGUCUACUCAAGACCAUCCGCUACGAAGAUGCAUCUGAUGGCGUGGUCCCUGUGAAGGUCAGGACGAUCAGUCCGCCUCCACGGUCUUCAUCACGUAGUCCGAAUCUUGCAGCACGCAAUCAACUGCUGGCACGAGGUGCAGCCCUCGCGCAAGAGGCGAAGAGAGACUCUGGCAUCGCGCCUUCUUCGACAACCAUCGGGCGCACCUCGUACGGGGAAAGCCUCAUGUCAUCUGGGCUGGGAGGAGCAGCUCGAAGCACGCCCCUUCCCACCAUUGUCGUGCAGGAUGAGGACUACGCAGAGUCAAUAGAGCGAAGCAAAUCGCCGCCUGCAAGGAGAAGGUCGAGGGAGACACCGCGUUCGAUCAAUGAAGAGCGGUCUUCUGGCAUUCAGCGCGUCAGCAGUUUUAGAGGCAUUAACACCGACAUACCAACAGGAAGCUUCUUUGAUGACAUCAGUUUUGAGGACUUGGCAUCGGACAAGCUCGCCUUUUCAAAACGAGGCAGUUUGUUGUUUGGAGGCAAGAAGAUGAAUGAUCGGGUUACGGCGCGAAGGGUGGGACAAGGUCAGACCGACGGCACAGUCCAACCCAUUGUGCCAGCCCAUAGUGAACCUGCAAGGGCAAACGGAAGAGAAGGUGCGGUAAGCUCAGACGACACUGGAACUUCGGUACCAGCGACUGUUCAUAACGAGCUUGCACAAGCGGAUCCGCGAGAGGAUGUAAUGAAGGCACGCGACAGCAAGGCUUCGCCCUUACCUGUCCACAAUGCACCUGCACAAACGAAUCUGCGAGAGGAGGUGGUUAAGCCACAAGAUAGUGAGGCUCCGAGAUCCGGCCUGGUAAGUGGUAGACGGAAGCCAAGCGUGCACAUGCUUCAGACAGCACUAGAAGGUGGAAGAGUGCUCUCUGCCGAGGAGAUUAGCUUCUCCAUGAAAGUCCGCAGCAUGUACGAACGUGGGGAAGAGCAUGUCGCGGACUACGUAGACUCGCCAGUCUCUGCACGAACCGAUUUCGGCACAGCAAGCAGAAACGAGCGGAAUGUUAGCACCUCUCUCAGCUUCACGAGUGAUGUUCAAGCCAACGGCUACGCCAUGAAUUCAAGCAGUGGUACGCCGGCGCCAAGGAGAAGUUUCGCGCGUGAGCCGCACGAACUUGCUGGCGGUAUUGAGGACUGGGAUGCAGUCAACAAAGAGGACGUGGAUCGCUAUGGCUUCAUCGUCAAGAGCCGCGUAUCUUCGAGGCAGUCGAUUGCAUCGCAGAGGCCGAGUGACACCAUCCACAGAGUAGCCAGCGCUCUGCGCCAUGAGGCGGAGCAGCCACGCCGAGAACGCAAGCUUCGCCGUGGACUUUCGAAUGCAAAGUCUUCACACUCGGUAGCACCACGGACGAGCAGAGAUACGCUGAGGACGGCACCAGCGUCAAUGCACAGCUUUCAAUCACAACGCUCAGGGCAGGGCAUGUCCGGACCAUUCAUGUCUAAAGACAACCGGACUCUUGCCGACGCGGCGAACAUGCUUACAUUGCCGCCUGGAUUAGCGGACGUAGCCGAAUAUGAAGACGCUAGCAGCACAGCAAACGUUUUCAAGAAGCGCGAAUGGGAGCGCGACGAGAAGUGGCAAAAAAUGGCGAGACCGAUACGGGACCACUCCAACAGUAAGGGUGGCGGGAUGCGCUUUGACUUUGACACGACCGAUCCGAAGCUUGUCAACCGUACCUGGAAGGGCAUACCGGAUCGAUGGCGUGCUAUGGCUUGGCACUGUUUCCUUUCCACCAGUGCUAGGCGACGAGGCAAGCAUGAGUCGGACGAGCAGCUCGUUGAUCGGUUCCACCAACUGCAGGAUGUCAAUUGUGCAGACGACGUGCAGAUCGACGUCGAUGUGCCCCGAACCAUCAGUAUGCACAUUAUGUUUCGCAGGCGGUACAGAGGCGGUCAAAGACUGCUGUUCCGAGUGUUGCACGCCAUCAGCUUGCACUGUCCGGAACCAGGCUAUGUCCAGGGCAUGGCAAGCCUGGCAGCAACACUGUUGUGCUACUUUGAUGAGGAGCAAGCGUUCGUAAUGUUGGUGCGGCUUUGGCAGCUGCGCGGCCUAGAACAACUAUUCAAGUCCGAAUUUGUUGGAUUGAUAGCAGCACUUAACGAAUUCGAGCGGGAAUGGCUGCGCGGCGGCGAUGUCGCGCAAAAGCUGGAAGAACUCGGCAUCCCUUCCACAUCGUACGGCACGCGGUGGUAUCUGACGCUGUUCAAUCUCAGCAUACCAUUUCCAGCGCAGCUACGGGUCUGGGACGUCUUCAUGCUGCUUGGAGACGCUCCCAACGGGCAAGGGCAGGACUUUGGCGGCGCGGAUCUGGACGUCCUGCACGCCACAAGUGCUGCACUGAUUGAUGCUACGCGAGAUAUUCUUCUCGAGGCCGACUUCGAGACUGCGAUGAAGGUCCUUACCUCAUUCGUUCCGAUCCAGGAUGAAGAUCUGCUCAUGCGUGUAGCCAGGACCGAGUGGAAACUGCGAAAGAAGAGGGCUGGCAUCAAGCUUUAGGGCCUUGUGCCCGUGUACUGAGUAGGCAUGAGCAACAGGUGGCAGGCGCCAGGAAGAUACCCAUGGGUGCAGAUACUGUUUGAAGCAUAUAAGGUAAUAUGUAGCCCGGUUCUAUUGAAACCAUGGUUUUCAACGGUCUCGAUCUCUGUGCCGGUCCAGCUCCC